AUGUCGACGGCACCUGGCACAGGCAAGCUCCAAUCCGAACCGGAGAAACGAUCUCCAAUCCCCUCGCUCGACAAGGUCGAAACCUUGAGCGACACGGUGGAUCCCAAGUUUGAAUGGCGGACUAUGCUAUGGAUCGAUUUUCGGAUCCUCCCAAUCCUGGCACUGAUCUACUCAUUUGCCCUCAUCGACCGUAUCAACCUAGGCGCUGCCUACGCUGCUGGCAUGGAUAAGACCCUGGAGCUGACAGUCGGAGCGCGUUACAGUAUUGUGACAUGUCUCUACUUCGUGCCUUACAUCUUACUACAACUCCCCGGAAACCUUGUACUCCGGAAGCUCGGAGUUCGUAACUGGCUUACCUUCCUGGUUGUUGCAUGGGGCACUGUCCAGUUGGGCAUGGGCUUUGUGAAGAACUGGGAGGAACUAUUGGUCACCAGAAUUCUGCUCGGUGUCUUUGAGGCGCCUUUCUUUCCUUCCUUACUCUGGAUUAUCUCUGCAUGGUACAAGCGUCAUGAGGUACAGAAGCGAAUGGCUGCUUUCUACCUCCUCUCUGUCACUGCGGGCGGUUUGAGCCCCCUGCUCGCAUAUGGACUCAGCCUCUUGGAAGGCAAACGCAACCUCGAGGGUUGGCGGUGGAUCUUUAUUAUCGAGGGGGCGAUCACACUCUUCCUGGGCAUAAUCUGCUUCCUGUUCAUUCCCAAUUUUCCAGACGAGAACAGGUUCCUCACCAAAGAGCAGACCGAUUUCGUCAUCAAGCGGAUCAACGACGAUCGUGGAGACGCUCUUCCGGACGAGAUCACAUUCCAGAAGGUAUUGAAGCACUUGAGCGAUUGGACAUUGUGGGCGUACGGAUUUAUCUUCAUGUGCUGUACUAUGCCCAACUAUGUACAGAGUUAUUUCGUCCCAAUCAUCCUCGCGGGAAUGGGAUAUGAUAAGAAAGGAACUCUUCUUCGAACAGCGCCCCCCUACGCUCCCGCCAUCCCCGUUACCAUCCUGACAGCCUGGCUAGCCGACAAGUACAAACACCGUUCAGGGUUCAUCGUCAUUGCCGUCGUCGUUUGCUUGCUCGGAAACGGUUUGACUGCAUGGCAUCCCGACAACAAAGUACGGUACCUCGGUGUCUUCCUCACCAACGCUGGAAACUCGGCUUCUAUCCCUACCGUCCUCGCGUACGCAAGUAACAAUGUCGUUAGCCAUAGCAAGCGUUCUGUGCAAACCGCGUUGAGCGUGGCAUUGGGCUCCAUGGGUGGCAUCCUCGCAGCCACCUGCUUCCGCAGUCAAGAUCGGCCCAAGUAUAUUCCAGGUCUAAUUGCCACUAUCCUCUCGCAAGUGGUGGUCAUUAUCCUCCUCGCUAUUCUGAGCAUCCGUCAUACCUACUGGAAUAAGCGAGCCAAAGAAGGAAAACUUUCGGAGCCCCUUGAAGGACAACCGGGGUUCCUCUACACUUUGUAG